AUGCCUUCGCCGCCUUCCCCGGCCGCGGCCCCUCAGCAGGGCUGCGGCGAUGCCGGCUCGUCGCAGGGCGCGCUCCGACUGGACAGCAGCGCGUGCGACUCCGCGAUGUUCCCCCAGGACGACGAGCCCGAGGGCCCGCCCCCCUCCGAGCUCGCGGGCUUCGACAUCGCCUCCCCGGACCGGGAGGACCCGGAGCCCUGCGCCGGCCUGUCGCUGGAGGACGACCCCAUGUGGUUCCGAAGCCGUGAAGACGGCAAGGUGCACCUGGGCAGGCCCGCGCGCGCCGUGGAGCUGCUCGGGCGCCGCUACCUGAUGGUGCGCAUGGAGCCCGCGGCCGGCGCGGCCUCGGACCCCACGCUCUCCAAUGUGCAGAGACAUGCAUCAUCCAGUUCCUCAUCGUGCAUCCGCCUUUUCGGGGUGGGCUAUCGCAACCCGUGCAACGACGACAUCGUCCUGGUGCACACCGACGGCCUACCGCGCAGUGCAUCCAGCAUGAGAUCUACAACUGGUCUUUGGGAAGGAGUCGCCGUGGAGGGCGAGGGCGCCGACGCGGACGGCUCGAGCGGCUGCGAGGAGCCCGGGCUCUUCGUGCCCGACGCGGGCCGCUUCCGCCGCGGCGAGCUGCUCGGCAGUGGUGGCUUCGGAGACGUGUACGCCUACAAGAGAAUCGCGGGCGCUGGGAGGCACACGGUCCUGCUCUGGAGCGAUGGCACCGCCGUGGCCUGCGGCGAGAAUGUCAUCAACCAGUGCUUCCUCCCGGUGCUGCCCGCGGGCCUCACCUACACGCAGGUCGCCGCUGGAGGGGAGCACACGGUCCUGCUCCGGAGCGAUGGCACCGCCGUGGCCUGCGGCGAGAAUGUCAUCGGCUGGGGCCUCCCGGUGCUGCCCGCGGGCCUCACCUACACGCAGGUCGCCGCUGGAGGGGAGCACACGGUCCUGCUCCGGAGCGAUGGCACCGCCGUGGCCUGCGGCGAGAAUGUCAUCGGCUGGGGCCUCCCGGUGCUGCCCGCGGGCCUCACCUACACGCAGGUCGCCGCUGGAGGGGAGCACACGGUCCUGCUCCGGAGCGAUGGCACCGCCGUGGCCUGCGGCGAGACUGUCAUCAACCAGUGCUUCCUCCCGGUGCUGCCCGCGGGCCUCACCUACACGCAGGUCGCCGCUGGAGGGGGGCACACGGUCCUGCUCCGGAGCGAUGGCACCGCCGUGGCCUGCGGCUGGAAUGCUCAGGGCCAGCGCGCCCUCCCGUCGCUGCCCGCGGGCCUCACCUACACGCAGGUCGCUGCUGGAGGGAGGCACACGGUCCUGCUCCGGAGCGAUGGGUCCGCCGUGGCCUGCGGCUGGAAUGCUGAGGGCCAGUGCGCCCUCCCGGCGCUGCCCGCGGGCCUCACCUACACGCAGGUCGCCGCUGGAGAGAGGCACACGGUCUUGCUCAAGAGCGAUGGCUCCGCCGUGGCCUGCGGCUGGAAUGAUGAGGGCCAGUGCGAGCUCCCGGUGCUGCCUGUGGGCCUCACCUACAUGGCCCACCUGUUGCCGGCGAUGCUCCUCCAGGCUUCGCUGGACGGCGACACGAUGCGCUUCAUGACCUUUGGCGGGGCGGAGCGCUCCAGGUCCUGGGCCGGGCCCGGCGCUCGCCUCGCGGACAUCUACGAGCAGCUGCUGGCCGACCACCGCGCGGGCAGACUGGGGCCCGGAGCCUGGCGGGUGGACGCCGUCCUGCCGGGCGGCCGGCUGCUGAGCAGCGCGGCGGCCGAGGAAAUUGUCGCCGAGGCCUUUGAGCUUCCCCGUGCCACGUAG